AUGGGUAGCCUUUCUCAAUUAUUUCUUCAUCCAACUGCCACUAGCAACUACUCCUUUGCAUGCGCCUUGGCAGCCAAAUGGCCUUCUUUAAUUAGACGACGACGACGACUUCAACGUUCAGCACUGAUUGCAUGCGAAUCAAGCGAUGAGCAUGAGCUCACGCUCGACCGCCGCGACGUGCUCGUCGGCCUCUGCGGAGCUGCUGCUGCCGCCUCCGGCGGCCUUGGGAUCGACAGCAAUCCAGCCGCCCUCGCCAGACCGAUCCAGGCGCCGGACUUCUCGAAGUGCGGCCCUGCCGUUCUUCCCCCCGGCGCCACUCCCGUCGACUGCUGCCCUUCCUACUCCAAGGCCAUCAAAGACUUCAAUCUCCCGCGGCGGUCGUCGCCCCUCCGCGUCCGCCCCGCCGCCCACCUUGUCGAUGCUGAUUACCUGGCUAGGUACACCAAGGCCGUUGAGCUGAUGAAGGCGUUGCCGGCGGACGACCCUCGCAACUUCACUCAGCAGGCCAACGUCCACUGCGCCUACUGCGACGGAGCCUACGACCAGAUUGAAUUCCCCGACCUGGAGAUCCAAGUCCAUAAUUCGUGGCUCUUCUUCCCCUGGCACCGCUUCUACCUCCACUUCCACGAGAGGAUCCUCGGAAAACUCAUCGGCGACGAUACCUUCGCCCUUCCCUUCUGGAAUUGGGAUGCCCCCGGCGGCAUGAGGAUGCCCUCCAUCUACACCGACCCGUCGUCGCCGCUCUACGACAGUUUCCGCGGCGCCCGGCAUCAGCCGCCCGCCCUCGUCGACCUCGACUUCAACGGCACCGAGCCGGAUUUCUCCUACGCGCGGCAAGUCGACCACAACCUCAAGAUCAUGUACCGCCAAGUGAUCUCUGGCGGCAAGACGCCGUUUCUGUUCCUGGGUUCGGCUUACCGCGCCGGCGACGAGCCCAACCCCGGCGCCGGCUCUCUGGAGAACAUCCCGCACAAUACGGUUCAUACCUGGACCGGCGACUCGACUCAGCCGAACAGAGAGGACAUGGGAAACUUCUACUCGGCGGCGCGCGACCCCAUCUUCUUCGCACACCACGCCAACGUCGACCGCAUGUGGUACUUGUGGAAGAAGGUAGGCGGACGGCGCCUCGACUUCGACGACAACGACUGGCUCGACGCCACCUUCCUCUUCUACGAUGAGAACGCCGAGUUGGUCCGCGUCACGAUCAAGGACAGCCUUGAACCCGAGUGGCUGCGCUACACGUACCAGGACGUGGAAAUCCCAUGGCUGAGAACACCGCCGACGCCGGCGAAGAAAGCGUCAGCUUCGCCGAGAAAUCUGGAGAGAUCCAGCAGUACUGCUACCGCGGAGGCGGGGCGGUUCCCGGUGGUGCUGAAAGCGCCGGUGAGCUUCGCGGUGAGGAGGCCGAAGGUAUCGAGGAGUGGGAAGGAGAAGGAGGAGGAGGAGGAGGUGCUAAUCGUGGAGGGCAUCGAGUACGAACGCGACAACUUCAUCAAGUUCGACGUGCUCGUGAACGCGACGGAGGGGGUGAGCCCCGGCGAGAGCGAGUUCGCCGGCAGCUUCGUGAACGUGCCGCACGAGCACAAGCACAGCAAGAAGGAGAAGAAAGUGAGGACUAGGCUUCGCGUGGGGAUCACUGACCUGCUGGAAGACAUCGGCGCGGAGGAGGACGAGAGCGUGCUGGUGACGAUCGUGCCGAGGGCGGGAAAGGGGAAGGUUUCGGUGGGUGGCAUCGCCAUUGACUUCUCAAAGUGAAUGAAAGCGACGACGACCGUCAAGAAUCACAAUAAAUAAGGACGAUUCAUCGGCUACGGAUCUAAUCAAAUAUGCUGAUAAAAUUGUUGGAUUUCUUAGGAUUAGUACAAAAUCUAAUAAUUAGCGAGUUAUAGACAAUUCAGAUUAAAAAACAAGUAGAUGUUGAAAAUAUUAGUGACGUAAAUUUAUUUUCGUCUUUAAAUAUAGCCUAAAAUUAGAUUUUAAAAAUAUACACGGCGUUAGAUGAUUAAAAAGAAUGAGAAAAAUGAGAUGAAUAUAAUGUAAAAU